AUGCGACACGAUUUUCCCAGUGUAUAAUCUGUCUGGGUGUGCGUUGCUUAUCCCUGAGUAUCCUGACUCUUGACUAAGUUCUGAUUACAGUUCUAUCAUACGUUUUCACCGAAUGGUCAUUGCACAGGCGCGGAUGUACAUACAUACUCUACUUUCUUUCCACUAUCCGCACGCGCCUGUGCAUCUUUGAUCAGCCCGUUAAAAUCGUACUUACAACUUUCACUCGUUAAACAUCCUUAUAUCAAACCGUACACUCCUUACUGUGAUCUGCAAUAGACUUCAUUGGCUUUUGCAAUUGGGGAUUGACGUAAGGCUUGAAAAUAUUGUGUUGCUGCAGCUCGCUGAUAUGCAACAAAUUGCGAUCAACUGAGUCAUGCGAACACGCUGGAGCGCCAUCAUUGGUAGAACUAGUAAUCGAUAUCAAGAUCUUAUUUUUUCAAGACACCUUCGUGAUCAUAGAUCACGGCUUUCCUAUUCUUGUACCACUAACGCACAGAAAAUGGAACCGGGAAAGUUCCUACAGGUUGCAGUGGUAGGCGUCGGAGGCGUCGGGACCCAAGUCGUCGAACAGCUGAUCGCAAACCCGAUCUAUGGCUUCCAGCUCGCAGCGCUCACCUCUUCCAAGCGCAUGCUCCAGCCCACCAAAGACCUCUGCAUCAGCCCCGUAGCAUGGAAGGACGCACUUAAUGCCAGCGAAACACCCGUCGACCUCUCCGCGGUGAAAAGCACGUUGCAGGAGCUCGUGAAGCAGGGCGAGAAGGCUGUGUUUAUCGAUAAUACUUCUUCGCAAGAUGUUGCGGAGAUGUACCCUGCGUUGUUGAGUGCGGGGAUCAAUGUGGUCACCCCGAAUAAGAAGGCGUUUUCGGGUGAGGCAGGGUUAUAUCAGGCUAUUGUCCAGGCGAGCAAGAGUGGAAGGUAUUUGCACGAGUCGACAGUGGGUGCUGGGCUGCCCAUUAUCUCGACGCUGAGAGAUUUGGUAGAGACGGGGGACAAGGUCGUCAAGAUCGAGGGUGUUUUCUCAGGGACCAUGAGUUAUAUCUUCAACAACUUCUCUGCCGUGGAGGGAAGCGAUGAAAGCUUUUCGUCGAUAGUCAAAGGAGCCCGAGCACAGGGAUACACGGAACCUAACCCGGCAGACGAUCUAAAUGGCGCAGACGUCGCUCGGAAAUUGACCAUCCUAGCCCGUAUCAUUCCAGAGCUGAAGGAUGAGCAAGGAAACUUCUCGCUUCUGCACGGGUACCAGUCGGUGGAGACUACCUCUUUAAUUCAGGAUGCCCCUGCGAGUGCUGUUUCCAACGGGGACGAGUUUAUGAAGUGGCUUCCCGAACAGGACGCGCAUUUUGCACAGAUGCGUGAGCAGGCUGCGAAUGAGGGUAAUGUUCUCCGCUACGUCGGCGUCGUCGAUGUAAAAAAUAAAGUCGUGAAAGCCGAGUUGGCGAAAUACCCAAAAACUCAUCCGUUUGCAACUUCGUUAGGAGGAUCGGACAAUAUCAUCAUGUUCCAUACUGAACGCUACGGUAAAAGACCCCUGAUUGUCCAAGGCGCUGGUGCUGGCAAUGAUGUCACGGCCAUGGGAGUUGUGAGCGAUAUCCUAAAGUUGAUUAGGCCGUAAGUUGAAAUACGACUGACAAAUGUAACACAAUUAUCAACAGACUUAA